GGGGCCCUAGGGCCAGUACUCCUGUGGUAGCAUGCCAGCCAGGACCAUGGCCAGCUCCCGCCCUUCUGGUGUCACAUAAGCCAGCCUCCAUGGCUGAAAAGUGUUCCACAGCUUAACCCCCUUCCGUGAUGAACUCAAAGGACCCCAAGAAGUGCCCCCAGUGUAAGAAGAGUAGAAACAAGGCCCAGGAAGAAUUUGCCAGGAAGUUUCCGUACAGGUUCUCCUGGCUGACGGAACCCACUACAGAGUUCCUGCAGCCCUGGGAGGUCACGAAGAUGACCACCUCACUGAGGGACCAGCUGCCCCUGCAGAAGACGCUGGUGCCAACGAGAUCCAUCCCAAUCAGAGGAAUGGGAUCAGCUGCCAGCCCGGGGUCCGGCGGGGACCAGUCAGACUAUACGCAUAGGCCCAGACUCAGUGCUGGGGCCUGCCGUGGGGGGACUGUCAUGGGAAGAGCACUUCGGGAUGGUGACAUGGAGCCGAGAACUGGAGGACAAACUGAAGCUGUUUGCAAUGUGUCAGGGAGCUCAGGAGGCAGGGGGCCUCCUCGACCCACCAGGGCCCAGCACCGGGGGGAGCCGAUCCCUCCCCUGGGUGGGACAGACUUGGGGCCCCAGAUUUUACAUCAUCGUCCUGCUUGUACACUCCACCACUACCGCCACCUCAGAGCCAACUUUGGGAACUCAAGCUAGUGAGCCGCCGCUUCCCUGGGCCAGGUGCCCACGCCGCCCACCCCUCCAGAAGCCUCUCCCA